AUGAUUAGUUCAAAACUUCAUAUUAAAAGAUCUCGACUAGGUGCUCAUGUAGUUCACACUCCAAGGAGAACGUGUUCCGUAGAUAAAACUUUAAGCUCUCCGGAAUUCGAACAUUCCAAGUUACCAAAAGUUCACAAAAAGUACGAACAGGUGCGAAGAGAAGUGUACUGCAUAUCACCAAGAAGUGACUUUUUCGCUUCAGAAAGUAAUAUAUGUAAUCGAAGUGAUUCUAAAAUCGACGAAAACUUUCGCCUAGAAAAACAGUCAGCACAAGGAGACGAUAAAUCUCCGACAGCUUCACAUUCUGAAUCCAUGCAGAAUUUACCUUAUAGUAGGUGUGUUAAAACUUUACUCCAUCCAAGGAAUCUUGAAAUUGAAACACAAAAAAUACACGAAAGUCAAAAACAGGAUAAAACAGCAAAAUGCUGCUCUCCUUUUGCUGUGGAUGUCGAAGAUUCAUUAACACGAUUACUGCAUGAUAUUCAUAAUGAAAACAGGAAAAGUGCAAGAAUUAUAAGAGAUUCCAAAGCUAGAUUGCUUAAUUUACAAAAGAAAACAUCUCUAAAUGAAGCAGACAUAAAAGAGCUUGGCGAGCGAAAUGAAUUGCUGCUUCGUGAAAUGGAACGUUUUGAUCGGUUGACGAAGAGCAUACAAAAAUUAGUUGGUGCUCAAGUAGAUCAAGUUAGAAAGUCGAGAGAGAAGUCCCCAGAACACACUGAUACUAUGUCGAGGGGUCCUUUCGCGGAAUCGAAUUUUGAAAUGAAAAUUAAUACUCCUCGAAAUUUUGGUGGAGGCAGAAAUUUUUGUACUUCAGGAAUACCCGGUGGAACGAUACCAAGAAGCAAAUCUGAAAUUGACCUCACUCGGAAACUGACUGAAAGCUACGAUAUGCAAGAGAAAUUAGUUGCCGACAACGCCGAUUUAGAAGUAAAAAGAUAUAUUCUGUACAAGGAGUUAAUGAAUAAGGAUCAAAACCUGGAAACUUGUCGUGGACAAAUAAAGAGGCUGCAAGGGGAAUUAAAAUUGUUGAACAUCGAAAACUCAAAUCUUCUUGAGAAACUGAAUAAAAAUAAUCCAGAGGGCGAUGCUACUGCGAUGACCCAAUGCACUCCAUGCCAUCAAGAAAUUAUACCUCAAAAUCAGUGUGGAGACAUUGCUGAUAUUAAAAGUGCCCAGGAGCUGGUGGAUAAACUGGAAGAAUAUAAAACUUCCACCUUAGAAUUUGAAAAACAGAUAGGCGACUUGGAAUACGAAGUCCGUUUCUUGCGAACAGAGAUGGAUUCUAUUACGGGCGAAAAGAAUAGUGCUUGUCGAGGCGGUGGCGUCGCUGGACCCAACACGUGCUUUCAACAGCCGCCUGGCGGACCUCCUGUGCCUCCGAUGACAAAAGCUGUAAGUAUAACAACCUACACAGAAGAUAGAAUUGAAUCCCGGUCGGAUAACGAAUUUGGGACAGCGGUGUAA